ACCCAGGCAUUGGCCGUGGUGCCUUCACGGCUUACGUGGAAGACUACGCUCGUGUUAUUAAAGUGCGUGGCGGGUCGGGGUUCUGGAGAAGCCUUCAGUGUUCAGUUACUUGUGUUCGCUGCUGUUACAGGAAGGUCAGUUGAUCUUCUGAGAGCAGCUAGCUAGCUACUCGUUCCUUGUGGGCAAUCUGGUAACUUGGGCUGUGAGCAGGUCCGUCGUUGGACCCAAAGCACAGACACACCCGGGGUCGUUGACAGUCUGUCCCCGUGAUCCUCUUGCCCCCAUCGGUGGUGUCAGUGAUGCAUGUCGGCUAACUGAGCUAACAGCCAGUAUAAGUUACUCGCGGUGCUUCCCUCUCUCUCUGGGUCGCACUGCGAUCCGUGCCGACUGGGCAGCAGCCAGACGCGUCACCGACCUUUGACUUCACGGGGGUCGUUAAAUAACCGAAAUCGGUCACGGUUGGUCGAGUCGAUGUAGCAGCUGGAUGGGCUCACAGAGUUUUGAGUCUCCGGUUUCAGGAAACGCUUGAGUACAGCGCAAGUGCUCCGAUAAUGCAGCUGGUGUGAGGAGGUGGCAUGUGGCAUGUGGCAUGGUGCAUGUGGCAUGGUGCAUGUGGCAUGUGGCAUGGUGCAUGUGGCAUGGUGCUGAGGGUCAAGGCUGCACACUAUCGAGCAGGGUAGUCGAUCGAUAGGUAAAUAGUCCAAAGCGCUCGUCCCAGCUCCCCACAGCCCCUGGGUGUCUCUCAGUGUGUGGUUUCGACCAAUCAACAGUCCGACACUCGGGUGUUUAUUUGACUUUCAUAAAAUACUAAGAAAAUAAAUACAUCAUAACAUUUGAGCAGCUGAAAUGAAACUAUUAAUCGAUUAUCAUAUGUGUCGUCAAUCAGCUAAUUGAUGAAUCAACGAAGCAUAACAUAUGUUAGGAAACCAGACGUCUUGAAUGAGGUUAAAUUAUAACUAACUCACUUGUUUAUAACUGGUCUCUAUGUAAUACAAAAUGAAUAAAGCGUGCGCCUAUCUAAUAUUAUAUGUAUAUCCAUUAUUGUUGACAAUAUGAUGACUUUUUACAUCGUUAUUAUAUGUUGCCGUGUAUUUCUGUCAGGGUGCUUGUGUUACACUCCAGACUUGUUGCCCCUCUCGGUCUGGGGGGUGGCGUCCCGUUUCGCUACUCGUGUUACAUCUCUGACUGCCGUUAUCUGAGGGGCCCUCCUGGGUACAGCAUGUGCUUUGAGAAUCCACAAUAUCCCCCAUCAGAAAAAGCCCAUGUUGCUUUUGGAUUGGACAUAAUAACCAGCGCUGGAUCUUGGCUCAGCACCUGUGCUGUGUGUGUGUGUGUGUGUGGCAGGCUAACCUUUUGAUAUACGAGUGUUUCUGAGCGUCUCGCCAUCUUUGCUGUUGCCUGAAUGCCUGUCGAUGUGUGUGUCUCGCUGUGUGUUUUUGUGUGUGUUUCGGUGUGUGUUUGUGUGUUGUUGUCGCUGUUCCCUGGUCUGAUCGCGCCCGUGUCUGACGGCCCUUGUCCUGUACUCAUACAGCAUAAGCUGAAGUCUUCGCAGAGGGACAAGGUCCGGCAGUUCAUGUCCUUCACACAGGCUGGGGAGAAGACAGCCGUGUACUGCCUGACGCAGAAUGACUGGAAACUAGAAGUUGCGACCGACAACUACUUCCAGAAUCCAGACCUCUACUGUAAGGAAUCCAUGAAAACGUCGGUAGACCGGAGAAAGCUGGAGCAGCUCUACAAUCGCUACAAAGACCCCCAGGAUGAAAAUAAGAUUGGCAUUGAUGGGAUCCAGCAGUUUUGCGAUGACCUCAUCCUGGAUCCGGCCAGCAUCUCCGUGCUCGUCGUCGCGUGGAAGUUCCGCGCUGCCACUCAGUGCGAGUUCAGCAAGAAGGAGUUUCUGGAUGGAAUGAUGGAGUUGGGGUGUGACAGCCCCGAAAAACUGAAGGCCCUCUUGCCAAGAUUAGAGCAGGAGCUCAAAGAUAGUGGGAAGUUCAAGGACUUCUACCAGUUCACCUUUAUCUUUGCCAAAAAUCCUGGACAGAAGGGUCUAGACCUGGAGAUGGCUGUCGCCUACUGGAACCUGGUCAUGUCGGGACGCUUUAAGUUCCUUGAUCUGUGGAACCGAUUCCUUUUGGAACACCAUAAACGAUCCAUCCCAAAGGACACAUGGAACCUAUUGUUGGACUUUGGGAACAUGAUUGCAGACGAUAUGUCAAACUAUGAUGAGGAAGGAGCGUGGCCGGUCCUUAUAGAUGAUUUUGUGGAAUUCGCCCGACCAAUUGUAACGGGAUCGAAACGCAAAAUUCUUUAAAUCAAAUCCCAACUCUGGAAAGCCAGACUCUUGUUUCAUUUACAGUGACUUCUUAGUUUUUUUUUUAAAGACUUGUACAAAAAACAGUGACCAUUGUCGACUUCAGAGAGAAAACAGAAGCACUUGAAACUGUCAGGACGCCACCUUUCAGUAAAAACUAUGACGACAAGUGGGCACUUUUUUGUUGUUGUUGAGGGCGUCGCACGGACGUCGCCGGCUCCACCGUCGUCUCUCCUGCAUCCCGGACAUCGCUCUGCUCCAGGAGGAGCGCUCCCCGUCGGCCCACAGCCCCGCGGUGACGGACGCGGUGAUGGACGCAGCACUGAGAGGAGGUGCCCCGGCUGUGCAGGCGUCCUCUCGAAGCGACUGAAGAGACUCUCACCUCGUCGGCUUUGUUUUGUUCUACGAGGCUCCGGGUGGCCGUGCGACGGUCCCAUGUCUUUACUCUAAGUUCAGAACCGAGUGCUCACGACACCAGCACCAACAGAACUGUUUCAGUCGUUACUGUACAUACUGUAUCUAUUGGGACCGUUUACAAAGAGAAGCUAUAAGAAGAAGAAUAUAAAUACGUUCAAUUUGUAAAUGCAGAUGAUUCUUUUAUGUACAGUAAGCGCUACGAUCUGCAGCGGGAUGCCCUGAUAUAGUGGACGAUGUGCUGUCGGUUUAAUUGUUCGGUGGAUCUGUCACUGUCGCGUUGCGAGAGCUUCUCAUUGAAAGCAUGUUAAACACGUGUUUCCGUCCCCUCGGGCUGGUUUCACGGAUACAUUUUCACUGAAGGCGACGCUUUGAUUUAGAAAGCUUCCGUUGGUUCGCGGUGUUCAAUUUGGUCAGGUUCAUCUCGGUCGGGAGUCGGUCUCGAAUCCUACAAGUGACGGUAGUCCACGGCAACGCAACUUUGGGAAAAAGAGUAUUUGGUCCGUCCGCGACAUUAAAUGUCACUAGAGACGAUUCAGCAGCAUUUAAAGUGAAGACAUGACGGGCCACUCGGAUUCCAUGGCAUCGAGCCUCCAGUUCAGAAGCCGGGACACUAAAGAGGGAGACACCGGCACGAAGAAGUAAGCCUUAAGAAUAAAUAUCCAUCUGUUCGAUAUUUAUAUUUCGGACAAGCCCAUCUGUCCAGUGGAAGUUAAACUAUAUUGUUCAUACAUCAUGUAAGUAAGCCUGGGUAUAUUGUUCAUUUAAGAAAGAUGAACACAGCAUGAGGUUUUCCAUAAUCACACACACAGUUCUUUUGUUCAUAUGUCAGAUGACAUCACUUACAGAACAGUAUCGCUGCUGAUCGAGUGUUAUGGUACCCAGAGUCUAAAGCAAAGAUUCAUGACCUACUGAUCCGAUUGUGUUAAAGAAAGCUUUAAUAUUUGUUUGUCUUUCAGAAUAUCCCUCCAUGUUGUUGAUUGUUAAUAAUAAACAAUAUUUAACAAGA